AUGGAAUCUGGAUACUUCUUUGAUGGAGUGAUCUUAUACAGAAGGGGUAAUGAUCAAGUUUUAUUAAGAUAUGUGAUUGCCAAAGAGGCAAAAAGUGUAAUAGAAGAGGUGCAUGGAGGAACAUGUGGAACACAUGCAAAUGGUUUAUUUAUGGCCAAGAAGAUCAUGAGGACGACCAUGCUUACAUCGACAGAGGCAACACCCUUCUCUCUAGUAUAUGGAAUAGUGGCAGUUGUACCCAUUGAGGUUGAAAUUCCAUCACUUCAAGUCUUGAAAGAAGUAGAGUUAGAUGAGGCAGAAUGUGUUCAGUCUCAUGUUGAUCAACUAAAUCUUAUUGAAGAGAAGAGGUUGAAAGCUAUAUAUCAUGGGAAAAUAUACCAAAAAAGGAUGAUAAGAGGCUAUGAUAAGAAAGUAUGCCAAAGAGAGUUUCAAGAGAGGAUCUAG